GACCGAGGAUGCUAGUGUGACAGCUGUGCUGCGCCAAGCUCCGCCCCACGUCACGGCCGCUCUCACUACCUCAGAAAGACUCCAUUACUGCCGCGAGAGGCGCGCCACCAACACGGAGAGGAACCCUGCUCGAAGACUCGCUCCGCCGCGCGUCAAGCAUGACCACGGCAGCAGCUGUGUAGUGUUGUGGCAGUGACUGGCAGUGUUGUGACUAGGCUGAGUGUGUGACACAGACAGCAUGGUGCUUGGACUUGCGGCGAACGUAAGUGCUUCCUCAGGGAGCAACGUUGGGGGAUCUGGUGGUCCCGUGGUGCCCACGCCGAUCGUCGCGCUGCCCUCCCUCUCCUUCACCGCUACUCAAGUUGCCGCCGUCUGCGAGACUCUGGAGGAGAACGGAGACAUGGAGCGUCUUGGUAGAUUUUUGUGGUCCCUCCCCGUAGCUCAUCCACACCUGCAGGAUUUGAAUAAGCAAGAAGCAGUUUUACGUGCAAGAGCCCUUGUCUCUUUCCACGUAGGAAAUUUCCGGGAAUUAUACGCCAUACUUGAGUCUCACAGAUUUUCCAAGCCGUCGCACGCGCGACUACAGGCGCUGUGGCUGGAGGCGCACUACCAGGAGGCGGAGCGGCUCCGCGGCCGGCCGCUGGGACCUGUCGACAAGUACAGAGUUCGUAAGAAGUUCCCUUUCCCGAGGACAAUCUGGGAUGGGGAACAGAAGACCCACUGCUUCAAGGAGCGGACCAGGUCUCUCUUAAGAGAGUGGUAUCUACAGGACCCGUACCCCAACCCCAGCAAAAAGAGAGAGCUGGCCUCAGCCACUGGCCUCACCCCAACACAGGUCGGCAACUGGUUCAAGAACCGUCGUCAGCGAGACAGAGCGGCCGCCGCCAAGAACAGGAUGAUGAACGGGCAGCAGGGAGGCGCCGCAUCUGCCCGCUCCUCGGAAUCCAGAGACGCACACCACGAUGAUGAGGACGACGAUCUUAUCAACCCAGGUUCCCCCACCCCCCUGGACGACACGGACGACGAGGACCUGUCUCUGGGUACUCACUCCCCGCCACCUGUGUCGGAGAGCCCUCUGCCUCCUGUCGCUGCCGGAGAGGGAGGUGGUGUUGUGUCCCCAGCUUCAAACACACCCUCCUCCCAGCCGCCCUCGGUGUCCCCGCAUCCAGCUAGCAUCUCCCCUCAUCCCUCCUCCAUAUCUCCCCACCCCUCCACCACGCCGCCACAAAACUCUCCGCUGCCUCUUCUCAAGAGCGACGCCUCGCCUCCCUCGGAGCACCACAUCGCCGCCGCCCCGCCCAUCACCACCUCCGCCGCCACCACCCUGCCGCUAGAGGCCACCAAGCCCUCCUACCUGGUGCCCCCCAUGUCCUCCCUGCCCCUCAUGACAUCCUUAGCCACCUCCCUCGCCUCCCCUCUCUCCCUCUCCUCGCUCCCCUUCUCCUCUAUGUCAGCGGGGGAGGGCUUCAAGUUCCCAACACACCCCUUCCUCCCCCACCCACACCCACUCCUCCACCCGUUCUCCCUCCACCAUCCCCUCCCACUAGUCAACCCUCACUCUCACCCCUUCUUCUCGGCCCUGCCUCCCCACAAUCCCUCGGCCACUUAGAGCCAACCCAAACUACUAUACCUGGAUGAGUCACACCGUCUACCUGUUGAUUACUUUUUAAAUGCCCAUAUUUUCUUGAUCCCAAAAUAAAAAAGCAGUUUGUGUAUAAUGCCUUGUUCCUUUUCUUUUUCUUUUUAUCAUACGCUGUUCCUUCUUUUUUUCUAUUCUUAUUCUUUAAAUGUUUCGUGUAAAGUAAAUGUCUCUUCUUCCUUCGUUGCCGCCGCCGUCAGUCUUAAUUAAAAAGUCAGAGUGACAGACAGCAAACAAGAGCCUCAAUCAUUGGUCACAGUUGCACAGAUGCCCCGCCCACACCGCCUAGAGCCCACCAAUCAGGAACGAGAUGAGUGUUUACUUCCUCUUAGAAAUUCGUGGAGACAAAAGAAUUAGCAGGAUGGAACCAGAGUGAAAUUCUUGCUGAACCUGCCGGAGCCGCGCCGCGCCAGUUAAGCCAGGGAAGGAAGUGGAGAACUUGAAGACUCGUGUAAAUUCGGGCGUCGCUUGCCAAGAGGGAAAAGUUUUACAUAGCCUUUUUUCAUCUUUUUUUUUUUUUUUUUCUUUAACUCUCAUGGUACGAUUCUUGAUUUUCCUGAAUGUCUGAGUCUGCCCUGCUUCAGCCUGGCUUCCCGACCUUCCCUUAAACCUAAACCUCGCUCCUCUGUGUCUCUAUCAAUGCAUUUAAGUAAUAAUAGGAGGAGUGAGGGACAGAGGGAGCCCGGCAAACUCCACUUUCCCGACACUCCAGCACUGCGAGGCUUUGAGAGAAUUCUAAUUAAGUAAAUAAAAGCCCGGACAGGCCCUCUCUCCAAGCUCUUGUGGUCAUUUAUUCUAACCUCAACCUGUUUUAACUCAACUCACUUGUUGGAGCCGCCGUCGCCGCCCUUCGUCAGGCGGGUAAUCAAGGAAGGUGUUGAAAAAAAAAAACAUUCGCUCAGGAGUAAAAACAAGUUUGAGGAAAAAAUUUUGUAUCAGGUUCAUUUACGACAGCGGGUUGGGGACAUGUUGGGGGCGUGGCGGGGCCGUAGUGGUGAUGGUGGUGGCAGUGUUGGGGCGGGAUCAUCCACUCACAAGUCCUUGCUGUGGCGGCGGGGCGGGUCCUCCAUUGUCAGCCUGUCCGUGCUUCACUUCCCCUCCAAUGACUCUGGACUGGUGGAGAGGGCGGAGGAGGAGAGUUCAGUCCCCGGCCAUCACGUCUGUCCGCACUACUGACGGCGGCGCAGCAGGAAAGAAUCAGGCGCUUUCUUUUCUACUUUUUAAUAACGAAGCUUGAUUCAAAGAUAACUCCGAUGUUUUCUUUGCUGUGAACUUUUUAUCUCUUGGUUUAAUCACAUAUUUUCAGACCUUGGUACUCUUCUAUCCCGUCAUCCCUCCUCUCCCUCCAUCCACACAGACUGCCUCCCCUCCUUCAAUACCACACCCAUCCUCCCUCCACCUCAACUGUCCCUGUUUCACCACAUCUCCCUAUUCCCACAACCAGACCCGCUCUCUCAUACACACAAAACUAAACGGUGUCAGUGAAGUGCUUAGAUAGAGUCAGUGUACUGUUCCCUUCCCUCCCCCAACCCUUCUCCAACACACCAAAAAACCAUCGACUCUGUAUAUAACCCUCCCAUUCUCUCCCCCAUGCCUCCCUUCCCUCCUCCCGCCAUGUCACUGCACACCCACACCUACACGGACCUGCCUCCCACCAUCUGCCUUACCCACACGUGUACAUAGACCUUCCAUCCCCCCACCACCACCUCCUACCACACUAACUGUCCCCAAUAACAGGCUGCCGAAUCCCCCCUCCCAUCCCCCCCCCUCGAAUCCCAGUGUAAUAAGUGUGAAGCGGAUUCUUGAAGCUACGAGUGAUACAUUUUGAAGCAGCGUUCUCGUCUUUGCUUCAUUGUUGAGGGAAGAAAUAUUGACUUGUUACGCCGAUCGGUUGUCUCCCGGUGAGGACGAGGUGUUAAUGAAGUGAGCUUCGUCAGCCAGAUGGAGGACAACCAAAAGAAUAUAUUUAGUCGUCAUUGGUGAACCGGCGAGGACUCAGUCAGUCAUCUGAAUGGCACUGGUUCGAUUCCCCCACACCUGAAGCUUCGAAGUCCCGCUCGUUGUACUAUAUUUUGAGACCUUUGAUGGCGUUUAUUGCUACUAAAGCAUUUCUCGCAGAGUUAUUGUUGUAAAUACAAAUUAUUGUAUCUAUCAUUAUUGUGAAUAAUAAAAGACUAUUAAUAGGGA